UUUGUUGCGUCAAGUGGGAACUAAAGGGCAAAGCCUUACCUUCCUACCUAAUUUCGCAACUUGCACAGACAAGACUUAACCUUCAAAAAAAGAAGUUGGCCAAAAACGUCUAGGAUACGAGAUACCGUUUUACAACGAACACUUGAAAAGGCACCUUGCAAACGAAAACAAUGCCGAUUUGACUAUGAGCAUCGGGCGUUUUUAGUUUCUUCUGACGUGGAUACUGCUGAUUUCGUUAUUUGCAUGAACAUGGGAUUGUAUUGUGUGUCAAAAGCCGGUUUCCUGCUAGAUGUAUCAGAGAUCUAGAGUAGGAAGCUUUUAAAACGUCAAGACUACAGCGAUAAUUCUAAAAGGUUAGGUUAUUUUACUGUUCAGCUAGCUAUUAUAGAUAUAUAUUAUUCAGUGGAUUCUGUCUUCUAAACCUGAUUGAGAACCCGCUCAAAAGUCAAAAACAACUUAAAAGAUCUGAGAGGAAGGAAACUAGUUUGAAAUACAAACGCAAAGUAGACUUUUCCUUCACAGAAACAGUUUUAUUAUUAAAUCUCACUGGAUAAAUUUUAAGGAUUAUGACAAAUAAUUCGUCCAACGUCAAUUCCCAAGACAUCGAUGGGCAGAUCAAUGGUUGGAAUCGAAGGUUGCUGAUCUCUUCUAUUUCGAUAUGGGCUAUAUUUUUCUUGAUUUCAUUCAUUGGAAAUACUUGGGUGUCUAUCUUGUGCUGUAAAAGACUCCACUUCCUUGGAAUCAAAUCUUACUACUUUUUCAGUUUAGCAUUGGCAGACUUGAUUUUUACUUUGUCGACGUUGUUCUAUGUCUUAAACAUUGUUCUUCCGGUUAGUAUCUUUAACAACUUCACGUGUAAGCUGUUUUAUUAUGCCAUCAAUACAAGCCAUGGAGCAUCAGUCUUUAAUCUUUUGCUGCUAACUUACAAUCGCUAUGUGGCAGUGAUGUCGCCGCUGAGGGCAUUCACAAGCCAAACGAAAAGCAAAGUUCGUAAAACGCUUUUGAUGACCUGGUUUUUAGCUCUAUUUCCCUAUUCACCAUUGUUUUUCUUGUACAAUGUAAAUAAAGAGAAAGGAGAGUCUCGACGACAGCACUGCUCACAAACAAGCAGUCCAUUUAUCACUUCGUUGUAUUACGCUUUAGUAACGUUCUUUAUGUAUUUAAUGCCUUUGAUGGCCAUCAUCGUGGCGUACAGUAAGAUUUGUAUUCGGCUUAGCUGUACGACAAAUCGAAUUGGUACACUCGGUACAUACAGACGCCGUAAGAAAGCAAUAAAACUACUGGUCAUCAUUGUCACACUGUUCUUCAUACUUUGGACGCCAUUCAACGUUAUGCUUAUCGUCAUCUUCGUCUUCAAAAUCAAUUUUAACAGACUUAAUAUGGCAUGGGCUUUUUCUACUUUACUUGUUCUAGUUAAUGCAAGYAUAAACCCAUGGUUGUAUUUAAUAAUGAGUAGACGCACAAAUGGAUCUGUAAAAUCUACACCGCGGAUCAUAAAACUGGAAAAACUAUAAUUUCGGCAACAAAUAUUAAUCGAAUAUAACGAUUUUAUUUUAAAAAAUGGUCUUAUUGACUUGCAGAAAGCUUGGCCACACUGAAAAUACAAAAAAACAUUUAUGCAGAAUAUUUUUUUCCUUUAAAAAUGCAUGAGUAACAUACGGCAAGGGAAUUAAUUAUCAUGAAAAAAACCUAUUGUAAACUAGCUGAAUAUUUAUGCGUGAAGACACUCGAAAUGUAUCAAAGAACUUCACAGCUGAACCACGCGAAGAAGACAGCUUUACUAACAUCUUAACUGAGUCACACAAGUCUGUUGUGUGUUAAAAGAAUAGAUAUAGGUUUGCGAAGCAUUCUAUUUAUACCAAUAGUCCUAAAAAAGCAAGCAAUGUCACAACUGAAAAAAUAAGAAUCUUUAAAGUUUAAACACAGCAGCCACUAACAAAACAAAGGAAUUUAAAGAGAAUUUAGAUUGUUGAAAAUUUGCUAUUUACUAAAAUACACGCUACAUCAUAGGAAAGGCUGUUUUUGGCAAACAGCACACUUGUGUAUAUAAUAUAUAUAUAUGUAUUUAUUCCAAGUUUGAUGAAAUGGCCAGGUUUUCCAGGUUUUGUAAAUAAAAGAUGGUAAAACCGGUUCAAGGUGUUUGGCAUAGCCACGUGCAGAACUCGUUGUCUAGAUACCUUCCUUAAGCCAAUUGCAUCCAUUUA